UGCUCGCCCCGGUCCCGCCUCCGUGCACGCCCCUGCCCCGCCGAGCGCCGCCAGACCCGCGGGGCCGGUGGGGCUACGGGCAGCCUCAUCCGCACCCUGCUUUGUCUGGGUGGGCCGCUGGUGCCCCGGGAAGGAGCGAGACCGCGCCGAGCCCACCGAGCCGUCCGUCCGGCUGUCCGUCGGGAGCGGGGAGAGCGCCGAUUCCGGCCGGGCCGCCCGCGCGCGCACCGCGUCCAACCUCGUCCGCCGGACAAUGGGGCCGCGGCGGCUGCUGCUGCUCGUGGCCGCCGGGCUCAGUCUCUGCGCUCCCCUGGUGUCCGCCCGCAACCGAAGCCUCCCACCAGAGUCUACAAGGACUAUUGCAACUGUGGAUCCCCGCUCAUUUAUAAUCCAAAAUCCCAACGACCACUUUGAACCUAUCCCAGUGGAUGACUAUGAGGAGAAAAAUGAAAGUGGGUUCUCAGACAGAAAAAAAACCCUCAAUUUGAAUAGCACUUUGGAAAAACAGCCUUCUGCUGUCAUCUCCAAGGUCGCCUCAGAAUACCUCACCAGUGCCUGGCUGAGGCUCUUCAUCCCCUCUGUCUACACUGGCGUGUUUGUCAUCAGCCUCCCUCUGAAUAUCAUGGCCAUCGUGGUGUUUGUCCUGAAGAUGAAGAUCCAGAAGCCCGCCGUGGUGUAUAUGUUGCACCUGGCCACCGCAGAUGUGCUCUUUGUGUCUGUGCUUCCCUUUAAGAUCAGCUAUUAUUUCUCCGGGAGUGACUGGACGUUUGGAUCCGAAAUGUGCCGCUUUGUCACGGCCGCCUUUUACUGUAACAUGUAUGCUUCCAUCCUGCUCAUGACUGUCAUCAGCAUUGACCGCUUUCUGGCCGUGGUGUACCCCAUGCAGUCCCUCUCCUGGCGCACCCUGGGCAGGGCAUCCUUCACCUGUGUGGCCAUCUGGGCUAUGGCUGUGGCAGGGGUAGUGCCACUGCUGCUCAAAGAACAGACUGUCAAGGUGCCGGAACUCAACAUCACCACCUGUCAUGACGUGCUGGAUAAAUCCGUGCUCGAGGGCUACUACGCCUAUUACUUUUCUGCCUUCUCUGGAGUCUUCUUCUUUGUGCCGCUGAUCAUUUCUUCCAUCUGUUACGUGUCUAUCAUUCGCUGCCUGAGCUCUUCCACGGUUGCCAACCGAACCAAGAAGUCCCGUGCUUUGUUCUUGUCAGCUGCUGUCUUCUGUAUCUUCAUCAUCUGCUUUGGACCUACCAACAUCCUCCUGAUUCUACAUUACUCCUUCUUCUCUCCGGAUGCCAGCACCGAGACUGCCUACUUUGCCUACCUCCUAUGUGUCUGUGUCAGCAGUAUCAGCUGUUGCAUUGACCCCUUAGUUUACUAUUAUGCUUCCUCUGAUUGCCAGAGGUACCUCUACAGUAUCUUAUGCUGCAAAGAAAGUUCUGACCCCAGCAGUUACAACAGCAGUGGUCACUUGGUGGCUAGUAAGAUAGAUACCUGCUCUAGUAACCUGAAUAACAGCAUUUAUAAGAAGCUAUUAACUUAG